CUUAGCAGGACCAGAGAUCUGACGGUGGGAACGAAGGCAGUGGACCUGAUCAGGAGGGACCAACUCGUGAUUGUGUUCUCUGACCAAACUGGAUACGACCCAUUUGCCCGAAUCCUGUAUUUUGACGGACAGGGCCGCCUUGCAUCCAACCCUGGUGAUUAUGCGUGGCCGUUUGAUUUCUCUGUCCUUGGUACGCUUCUCGUUCAAAUUGCGAAAUCCCUCUUUAGAACAGACGAAGGAUCUCUGUAUGAUAGCCCCGUCUUUCCUGGAUCGACGUGAUGAGCUGACCCGGGUGCUGAAGCCAACACGGCGUGCGUACGAGUUGUAGAAUGCCUUGGCUGCCUCUUCUGAUUCGAAUUCCAUACCCUCGUAAGGUUCCAGGUCGAGGUCCCCAGAGGGGAAGUAUAUCCUAUCCACAGUACACUCUGCAUCGUUGUUGAUUGCGUGAGAAUAUUCAGGCACAAUUUCGUCAUCCGCCAUGAGUUUUAGAAUGACAUCUCCAUCUCCAUCUUCGUCUUCACUCCCGCCUCCGCUUCCAACACCGAUGUCGAACUCAAUUACCUGGCUCUCCAUCUUUGCAAAGAGAUUCAGCCCCUUGUGCAAGGACUGUUUCAAAUCUAUACUACAAUACCAGCUACUGUCGGAGAAGAAAAAACAUGACUUGAAGGGGGUAAAGAAAAGUACUACCUGGUUAAUCGAGACCAAUUAGAAUAUUGUUUCAUAAGCUCUGUAGGGUAUUUCCUCCCAUUUCCAGUGACGCUUCAUCCAAACCCAGUUGCUCAGAAGACAUCAAUCAUUCAGAGAGGGCGAAAAGUUACAAUGAGAGAAUGGAAUAGAAAUUAGAUUUUCAGAGCGGGAGGGAACUGUGUGUGGACGCCUGGAUGGCCUGCGGGUUGAAGAAGACUGGACGAGGUGUGGCAUUACAGUGGCACGUUGUCAAAGGUGAAGUGUGGCGUAAGGUGACAACGUGGCUGGGAAUCCCAAGAGAGAUGAGGACCAUGCAUAGCUCACUCAAAUGGAUCAAGAAGGAAAGGCAAGGAUCGGGGAUCAGAGCUAAGGCAGCUAGGAUUGCUUUUUGCUUUUCCAUUUAUUGGAUUUGGAGGACUCGGAACGCUACCUGUUUUGAUGGUUUGCUGCCAAAGGAAGAUGAUAUUUUUGCUAGAAUCCAGUAUAUCACCUAUAAGAUCCUUUAUAGCCUCUAUCCUUAUGAAAAUGUAAUCCUUUAAGUGUUGCUUUCCUUGUUCUGACCAUCACUCUGUUUUGGUGAUUGGUGUUGUUGUUUUGCCGGCUGUUUUUAGCCUAAUUUGUUGCUGCACCACGGCUGUUUUGGUUGGUGUUAGCUGCUUUGGAGCAGGUUGUUGCUUGGUUUUGGGAAGGGUUAUCCUUGUUGGAUAACCUACAGUUUUGUUUUCCCUUUCCUUGUUUGUACAUUCUUGUAACCCCCCCUUUCUCUUGGGUGUCUUUUUAAUAUACUUACAUUUCACCCAAAAAAAAUUAAAAAACACUGAUAUGAAGAAUAACAUUUGUUGUAAACAUGUAUAAAAAUC